CUGGGAGACAGUUUAUGUUUAUUAAAAUAGCUAGCAGUUUUCAAUUAUUAAUUAAACGUCAUCGAUUGCCCAGUUGUUAUAAAUACUUAUGACUCACUGGAAAAUCUACUUUCGGUUUUAAAAACUGCCAUGUCGCGCCUCCUCCUAAUAUUUGCUUGCCAGCUGCUUCUAGCAGAUGCAUCUGAUAAACGUCUCAAAGAAGUUCCGAAUACUGAACAAUCUAUAGACAUUGAGAACGAAAACUCAACAGAACCUGUAGUGGUAUUUGCUCCUCCAGUAAGUGGCUACAGACUGCCUGUAGCUAAUGACAGUGAUGAAAGCCCACUGCAUGCGACCUCAUAUGAUACAACAGGUUUCUGCACGGAAGAUUCUAGGUGUGGACGCGAAGGCUCUGUUGCGGAUGUUUCUGCAAGAAGAUACAACAAUACCGGCGAACCUGUUUCGCAUUCCGUUACCACAGGGACGUCAGCUGAUGACACGAAUGCAGAUAUAAGUGAUUCAGUGAAUGACCUAACAGAUGAUAAAGAACAAGGGGAGACACUCGUUGAAUCGAUAGAAGACCGUUCUUCUCAAGAACCCGACAACACAGCUGCAAUAAAAGAUAACAAUCCGUUAGAAGAUUCAGGACCUUCUGUACAAGAAUUGUUGCCUGACAUGGAUGACACCUGCGUUAUCGAAGAUAUUGGACUAUCACAGCUGGAUCAAAGCGUUGCAGAUGUGCCCAUAUCGGACUUGAGGGCUGGAGUGUACCAGAAGCUUGGUGGCGUUUUGGAAAACCGCAAUACACAUGACGGAUCUGACCCAUGGUGGAAUUAUCUGAUACUAAAUGACAAUGGCCUUGAUAUAAAUAGGAGGCAGCAAAGAAAUAUAGAGAAUACGCCAAAACCUGGUUGUGAAUUUAUGGACAUUUUGGACGAGAGUGGAUACACUCUGCAGGACCUUGAGAACCUCUUUAUGAGACAUCAGAUGCAUGAAGCCCUUAAUCUACUAAGAUUCCACCAGUUUGAUGUUAUAGGCCAAAGAAGUAACAUUCACACAUCUACUGAACGAGAAGCCGAUGAGAACAGAAAACCAGAAGAUGAUUUUUCGAAUAGUUUAUCAGGAGAAAGUGAAACAGAUAACGAACAGGAAGACAGUAAUCAAAACGACGAAAAAGAACCUGGUGCUCUGAAUAAUAAAAAAGAUGAUACUUCCGUUGAUUCCACCGAUGAUGACACGUACACUUCGACACAAGGAAAGACACAAACUCCAAAAUUCGACCACUGCAACCCUAACCCAUGUAAAAAUGAAGGCAAGUGUAUCCGAGACGAAGAUGGCUAUACAUGUAAAUGUUCUUACAAAUGGUACAGUGGAAAGAACUGCGAGAAAGAUAAUGGACCUUGUCGUAAUGCAUGUUUCAAGCCAGGAACCAGCUCUUGUGACUACAGUGGUCCUGAUGGUCAAAAUACUGCAUGUAACUGCAAAAUUGGAUAUGAUGGGGACCAGUGCGAGACCGAACACGACCAUGCAAAACAUUCACCAUUCCGCCAUGUGAUAAACUCGUGCAAUGAACGCGGGCUGUCAAAGGAUGAAUGUAUUGCUGACACGCUUGGUGUUGAUACAGAAGUAAAUUCUUUAGAAGGUCUCUUUCAAGAAGUGCUUAAAGGAAAAGCAAAUGUUAUAGAUAUGUUUUUAAAUGUUGUUGAUAAACUGCUUUCUCAAGGCGGGAAAAAAAAGCUCUUCGGGGAUAGCGGUGUUGGAAAAGUUGUAGAUAAAUGGAAAAAACGUUUUGUCCAAUAGCUGCAUGACCGGUUGUUUAUGACUCUUUGUUUAUCACUUCGUAUUCAUAAUAGACUGAAAAAUAGCAGCUAUUUUUACAUACUCGUUAGAUACAAUGGCAUCGGAAACGUCAGUAUUUUCCCAUAUUGAAGUCUGAAUUUCGAAAUCGUGUCUUUAUUUUACAUUAUUUAUCUAUGUCAGUUU